CCCUACCUUUAUCCUGGCCUGUGUUUUUACACACAUUCGUCAUGAAGGUAAUGUUUAUGCACCUCCAAGACUAGCCCAGUGUGCAGACAAGCACUGCCAGUAUCUGUUCAGCAGCAGCAGCAGCAGCAUCCCAGAGCAUUUACAGCCAUGACCGACAAUGAAGCAGACGACAGCAUUAAGAACACCUCACAGCUCGGACCUCCAGACCCAACAACUGCAGCCGGUAACGGAUCUAAAGGCGAGAAUGUCGGUAUAGAGCCAUCGAGCAAUGACAAAUCGGCGACUGGAGCUUCAGCUUCUGUAUCUGCUGUUACCUCUCAGCUGCUGAGAAUGCUGGCGGCUGCAGAGGCCCGCAGGUCUGCCUAUCUCCACAGUGCUGAAGAAGCAUCCGCAGCCAGAGAUGGAGAGGUCAGGGAGGCCCCCAGGACAGAGAGACAGCAAAUCGAGGUCCCACAGCCACCACACGAGUUUAAAGACAGGCUCACUAAAACAGGCCAUCGCUCUCUGUCCUGCUCUCUCUCUCGCUCUUCUACUGACAAUCUCAGCUCAGAAAGCACAGACGAGGAGAUUUCUCCUCAAAACAAGGAGCAGAAGAACUCUAAAGGAAGCAAUGACUUCUGCAUUAGGAGCAUUCGUCAGGCUGCUUUUGGACGCAGAGAGAUAGAAAUGGCAGAACAAGAGAUGCCAGCCCUGGUGAUGCUGAGAAAAGCGACCCAGGGAGAGAAGCCAUUAGCUGGUGCUAAGAUAGUGGGCUGUACCCACAUCACUGCACACACGGCUGUGCUGAUAGAGACUCUGUCGUUGCUGGGUGCUCAGUGUAGAUGGACAGCUUGUAACAUCUACUCUAUCCAGAAUGAAGUGGCUGCAGCUCUUGCAGAAGGAGGAGUUCCAGUGUUUGCAUGGAAAGGAGAGUCAGAGGAAGAUUACUUCUGGUGUAUAGAUAAAUGUGUUAAUGCAGAAGGCUGGGAGCCAAACCUGAUUCUUGAUGAUGGAGGAGAUCUGACACACUGGAUCUAUAGGAAAUACCCUCAGCUGUUUGAGAAUAUUAAAGGCAUUGUUGAGGAAAGUGUUUCUGGAGUUCACAGGUUAUACCAGCUGUAUAAAGCUGGUAAGCUCUGUAGUCCAGCAAUAAAUGUGAAUGAGUCAGUGAUAAAACAGAAGUUUGACAAUUUUUACUGCUGUAAGGAGUCUGUCCUGGACGGGCUGAAAAGAACCACUGAUGUAACUCUGAGUGGGAAGCAGGUGGUUGUUUGUGGUUAUGGAGAGGUGGGGAAAGGCUGCUGUGCUGCACUAAAAGGGUUGGGAGCAAUUGUGUAUGUGACAGAAAUUGACCCUAUUUGUGCUCUACAGGCCUGCAUGGAAGGGUUGCAACUUGCCAGACUGAAUGAUGUCAUAAAGAUGGUAGACAUUGUCAUCACCUGCACAGGAGAUAAAAAUGUAGUCACACGGGAACUCCUGGAGAGCAUGAAGAGCGGCUGCAUUGUGUGCAAUAUGGGACACUCCAAUACAGAGAUUGAUGUGGCCAGUCUCUUGACACCAGAUCUGACGUGGCGGCGUAUAAGAAAGCGUGUGGAUCAUAUUGUCUGGCCAGAUGGCAAACAAAUAGUACUGCUAGCAAAGGGUCGCCUCCUGAAUCUGAGCUGCUCUACUGUGCCUGUUUAUGUGUUGUGCAUCACAGCUACAACCCAGGCUUUGGCACUGAUUGAGCUGUUUAAUGCCCCUGAGGGCCGCUACAAACAAGACAUUUAUAUGUUUCCCAAGAAAAUGGAUGAGUAUGUAGCGGUGCUGCACCUCCAGAGCUAUGACGCACAUCUAACUGAGCUCACCGACGAGCAGGCCAAGUACAUGGGCGUCAACAAGAGUGGGCCAUUCAAACCAAGCUAUUACAGAUAUUAAGUUGAUGACAACCCACUCAUGGACAUAAUAAUAAUACCUGAACCUGGUUCUAGACUCUACUGGUCUCCAUCUUUAUUUUUGGUCUGUUUGUGGUUGAGUGCAACCUUUAGCCUAUGAAAAUAAACUGCAAGUAAUCUUCCUAGCUAGUUACGCAAUUACGCAAAAUACCACAUUAAAUAUACAGUCUGUAUAUCUGACAACAGAUUUAAAAAAUAUUUUGUAAAGAAAUAAUACAAUACAUUUCAAUAAUCAA